CAUUCAAAACCGCGUUUGAUAAAGACAACGUGUUAUCCCCUUUACCCACAGUAUUGCUUUCUCUCUCUCUGUUUACAGUCUUCUUCUUUGGUUUGUGUUCAUUCCAAGAACUCUCUUUCUCUCUCUCUCUCUCUCUCUCUCAAUUGCAAAGAAGGCAGGAUAUAACAUGGGAAAGCAAAAGAUGAUACUGAAACUCAGUCUGCAGGAUGAUAAGAAACGGUCCAAAGUUAUGCAAAUUGCUGUCAGUCUUAACGGUGUUAUAUCAGCUGGACUUGAAGGAGAAGCGAAGGACAAGCUUGUUGUGAUUGGGGAUGGAGUGGAUGCUGUUAAACUGAUAAGUGUACUGAGAAAGAAGAUGGGCUGUUCCGUUGAGUUGAUCAGUAUUGGUCCUGUUGAGCAGAAAAAAGCUGAUAAAAAGGAUAAUAAAUCUGAAGGUGAUGGCAAGCAACAACAGCAGCAGCAGCAGCAGCAGCAGCAGCAGCCAGUUACUUUGCCUUACCAUUACUAUGAGUCUCCUGCUGAGACCAAAUAUGAUCCUGGUUGCUCUUUGAUGUGAAUGAAUCGUAACCUGAUAGAGUUUGUAUUUGUGUUUAAUAAUGUUUUGUCAGAAAUUUUUCAUCAGCAACAGAGCACUAUGCUGAUGAAUUGUACAACAGAUCAUCAAAUAUUCAAUCUGCUGAGAACUGCAACUUAAUUAUUUCUGCAUAAAUAUUCCAUGAUUGUUUUAGUUAUUAA